AUGGGCAGCAAAGCAAACAACCGCAGCCAGGAGAUGUUUCUUCGCCAUUCGACCAAUAUGGUAAUCCUUUUCUCUCCUUGCGGCAUUCUCUCCAUCCAGGAUUCAGGCUCUGUCACACAGAUUGGUGACUCGGACAGGCUUCUUGUCCCCAAUGAGCCGUGUAUCGCGCGCACGCCGUAUUACUCACAUGCUUCCGCGGCAAUCAACGUGAAGCAGUCAAGUGAACAGAAUAUCGAUAUCAUGGGCAUGGAUCCUCCGACACCUGUAAUUCCGAAGAUCCUUAUCGAGGCAGAUAUCGGACCGACUUCCGAAUCGCUGCAAGAGACCGCAGUUAUGCCAUGUUCAGAGAGCAGCAAAUCUGCUUUCACACUCGCCGCCAACGAUCACGACUGGGACGAUGAGACGAGGGUGCCGGAGACCAUCCACGGAUCUCAGGACAAAAAUCAUAUCGAAGAGGAUCUCAGCACAAGCGCGCUGUUGGUCGAGAAGCUGAUGGGCGAAACGGCAGGCAUCAUGUCCUCGUCAAAGGCUGAAGUGUUCCAGGGCUGUCGUGAAUGGGAGGGCUCCACGGUAUCCGAAGAGCCACAGGAGCUGCUAUCCAAGUAUGGUUCCAAACGCGAGAAAGUCCUCCGUUCGUCCAAGAAUGCAGAAAAGUUCCUCGAUAUGCAGAGCAUCACCCCUUGGUUGGAGUGA